AUGCGUGCAAAGUCGUCUGUCAUGGGAUUGGUGAAAAUCUGCACGGUUACCCCUUCAACUCUUAAUGUCAAGGACGAUCCUGUGACAAAGUAUAUUGUGAGGAAGUGGGACGAAUUAUACCCGUGGAUGCGGUUCUUCGCUCGAAAUUGCCUCCCUCCUCCUUAUGAUGUCUCAGUUACUCCUCCACGCCCUGAUAUUUGCAAUGUGUUCGAUGCUGCAAAAUUGUGCAUCACUCCGCUCUCAUUAAUCUGCACCCAAUCGGAAGAAGGGCAUCAUUUUCUCCGUUCUUCUAUCUCUGUGCAGCACUUUAUUGCGCAGUUAUGGAUAUUGAUUGGAAACCUUCAGGGAGAUGUACUCCAAGGCGAUCCUGGAAAUUUAACAGAUGGCCUUAUUUCUAUGCUCCAGGCGUCCUUUGCGGUAACAAACCAUGUUUGCAUAUCCGAAUCUGAAGAUCCAAACAAAACCACUCUUCCGUUAUCGACUUAUGUACAAGCUGCCGGAGGGGUGAAGCCCGUUGUUUUCACCCUUCUCAGAUACAUCCGUCGGAUUACCAGAGAUGCUGCUGCUAUAGAAGAACCUCGAUCAUGGACGACAGGAGACUGGAGCGUAAAACAACUUUAUCUCUACACUGCUGGUCUCCAUUAUUCCUUCGAGUUUCUCAAGAUUAUCAGUCACCAAGAUGUUUCAUGUCACGCACAACUUAUCCACCAAGGUUCAAUUCGCACGGUAGUGGACGCGAUCGCUCAGAUGUUGCCUAAUAUCUUGGUGCAAGCAAACAAGGAAUUAGAUUUUGAUCCACAGCUGGGACUCGUGGGCAGGCAGAACAUUCUGUGGUCGGGGUACUCCUACGUUGCAUCUGCUAUUCGCGAUGCAGAUGACGGGGUAACAUGUGUAUGCCAGGCAAUCAAUGCUGGCAUCCUUCAAACAUUGGAGAAGGGGGUUAUUUGCCCGCCUCACAUCAAUCGUUGCGAUCACCCAUCCCGUGGCCGCUUGGGUGACAUAGAGUUGCUCUUUCUCCUCGCCACAUUUUUCAUGUAUGAUAGGGUCGUUAAAUCAAUUGGCCGACACUGGUCUCACAUACAAAGUGUUCCUACGGAAAAACGAGAGAUACGCGACAAAGGGUUGGGUGUUGCUCUCGAACUUGUCCUGAUAUCCACUAUCGAUGCUAUGGACCAUCGUAGUGUGGAACCUAUAAACUUCCAUGAAUACAGGUGCAGUGGUUCAGGAGUACGCUAA